AUGAAGAUAUCGCAAACACUUAAAAAUUUUAAUAAGAAACGCGUACGUCAAUUAAGAUUGUCCGAGGAGAGCGAGACGACGCAGCGAGAACAGAGUUGUUGCUUUGUGUUCUGCACAAACACACAAACAAACAGUGACUUGAAGUUCUACAAGUUCCCGGACGGCAAGACAGACGUGGAUCAAGCAACCAAAUGGUUGAAGGCGAUCCAGACCGUCAAUGGUAGAUGGUGGCGGCAGUGUUCGCAGAGCGCGGUGUGUGCGGAGCACUUCGUGUCUGGCGCGCCGUCGCGUGAGCCGUCCGACGUGGACUACGCUCCCUCCAUCUUCCCCAAGGACAGCUCCGCACUGUGCAAGGCGCCGACGUCUACCGACUCCCAGCCGAGGAGCAGGGCAUCAUUCGUCGCGGCGGCGUACGUGCUGGGUGCGCUAGUGGCGGGGGCGCGCGCGGAGAGCUCGCUGUGCUCCUCGCAGUUGUAUCGCCGCGUCAUCCGCGAGCUCAGGAUCGGCGUCAACGUGGGCACGCUGCACGCCGCGUGGGUGGGCGCGCAGCGCGCCGCUCUCCUGCAGGUGCGCGCGGCGGGGCGGCGCGGGGACUGGGCGGGGGAGGAGCCCCCUCCCUUCGCGGCGCGCCUGGCGGACCUCGUGCUGCUGCACACGGACGUCGACGGACACCGCCUGCUGGGCCCCGCGAGCGAGUGGCGCGACGAGGAGUAUCGAGCGCUGGGCACUCUGUGCCGCCUGGUGCGGCGCUGCGGGGCCGAGGCGGGAGGCAGGCAGGGGGUGAAGGUGGCGGGGCGCGGGCUGCGGGGGGCCGAGCUGGAGCUGCGCUGGUCGCACGUGCACGCCGGGUACCGCGCCAGCGGCCGCGCGGCCUCCGUCAUAGUGCUGCAGCGGCGCUGGCACGAGCUCAAGCUGCAGGCGCGCGAGGCGGACGCGCCCUCGCACCUGCACCGCGCCGUGCUGCGCCAGCACCCGCACGUCGCCAGCCAGCGCUGCGAGCCGCGCGCCUGGACUCAGCUCGUGCUCGACGGCGACGUGCUGAAGCACCCGCUACCGCUGCCCGCAGACCCCGGCCCGGACGACGCCGUGCCGGACGACUCCGUGCUGGACGAUCCGCUGCCGGACGGCACGAUGCCGGAUGACUUACCACCACCGGGCGACUUACCACCACCGGGCGACCGACCACCAGAUGAGCUCCCGCCAGGCGAUGUAAUGGAGGGCAAUUCCCUGCCAGUUGUCACUCAGCCGUCACAUGCAAACUUGUCUAUGACAGAUAAUACUAUGUCAGCACAGCCUGACAAUUCAGUGAAAAUAGAAAUCACGUUGGAGUCAGAUCACGUCAAACUCGAACCACGUGAUCCGUGUGAAAAAGAAGGAACUGGUUUAAAGGGAGAGGACUCAUGGCAGUCACACUCCCAGGCGGGUGCGAGCGAGACGGAGCACUCGAGCACCUUGCAGUUGUUGCAGUCACUGGAUCCGAGCGAGAUGCAGACUGAGAUAUACUAUGAUAGCGACGAAGAUUUUGAAUCUCAUGGCCUAGAAGAUAAAGUCGAGGUUAAAGUGGAGUUGGCAGAGAGUAUGCGAGAGUUGAUAAAAUUCGAGGAGGACCUGGCAGAGAGUGACGUCACGCGGCCCAAGGUGGAGGACGAGGAGAGCGGGAGUAUCGACCCCAAGCUGGUCAUGGACGCGCGCGUGCUGCUGGAGCGACUGCCGCUGGACAGGCUGCCACUGGUCUGGUCUACGAUGGGGUGCACCUCUAGGUCCAGCUGUAGGCCCAAGGCAGGGUCCAGUUCUAGACUCAAGGCGAGGUCUAGCGCUAAGUCCACAGAGGAGUCCAGCUCUCGGCCCACGGCGGGAUCCAACUCUAGGCCCACGGCUGAGUCCAGCUCAAGGCCCACAGCAGAGCCUAGUUCCGGGCCCACUGCGGAGUCACGUGGCGAGAUGCCCGCGGAGCGCGGCUGGCGGCGCGUGCAGCUGCCCGAGAGCGCGGGGGGCGCGGGGGCCGCGGGGCGCGGGGGGCGCGGCGCCCCCACGGCCGCCGUGCGCCCCAUGUGUGUCGCCGCGCACACACACACAGAGCCGGACGAGACUGCGGCCCCCGCGGCCAAGCGGCGGCGCAGUGAGGCCGGGUGUGACAUGCCGGGCGCACUCACGUCGCCGCCCACAGCAACGGUACCUACGUCAACGAUGUCCUCGUCAGCGUCGACUUCUUCAUCCACAUCGACGUCAUCGACAGCAGACGCUGCGGCCGAGCACAGGAGGGCCGCGCGGCGCCGCCUGUGUCAGCUGUACGCCACCUUCGCCGCACUACUGCCGGAGAGCAUCACGUCGAUACCAAACAUUAAGCCGCCGCCACCGUCGCGCUCAGCGGCAGCUAAAAUAAACUCAGCAGCCAGGAAGAGAAGCCGAGCGAGCAGUCCACCAGCCACCAGUAAGAGUACACCAGCGCCCACUGAUACUACGCAACUGACCAGUAAAAGUACGCCAGAAACCAGGAAAAAUACACCGGUCAACAAUAAAAGUCCGCCUAGUAAAUGUACUACAGAGCGUAGAAAAAGUACAUUGUUAACAAAUGAAAGUACGUCAAUGUCCAGUAAAAGUAGAAUUAUAAAAUGUGAAGGUAUGAGUACGCCCACUAAAGCUACGCCAGGAACUAAUACAAGUUGUCUUGCGAACAGUACGAUAUCAAAUAUUCCAGAGACUUCCGAAAGUACGCCAGUGCGCAGUAAUAGUAUGGUACACAAAAAUGAAAAUACGUCAACGUCUAGAAAUAGUACACCAGUUAAAGUUGAAGAAACGCCAGCGUUGAAUACAAAACUCACUGAUAAACUCCCGCGGGUUGAUAGUAAAAGUACGCCAGUGAGCAGUAGUAUUGCUACGCUGAUUGGUUCUACUGUCACUAUUGGGAUCUCGGUGAUCUCGCCGGCGACACCGACCAGUACGCAUGCGCCGGUGAUACUGGACAGUACGCCAACAUCCAGUGCCAGUACUGUGCCGCCGCCUACACAUACUGCGCCGCCGAGGACUUCUCCACUCAAGCCGGGGGUGGCAUUGAAACCGCUACAGCGGGACACAGCUCGCACUACUACAGCGAGAGCCCCGCCGGCCGCUGACGUCACUCGUCUGGACGGGUAUGAAGAGUGGCAGCGACAGAAGGCGGCCAACGCGAAGUACUUCAACAUCAACACCUCCAGUAACGUCAAGAAGCGGGCCCCGCCACCCUCCACCACUGCGUCACUGAGUACACUCCCAGCGGGACCCCCGAUACCGGCCGAGACCCUGUCAACAUUCGACGCCCCAUUAUCAACCGGAGCCUCGUCAACAACAGGGGCCCUUUUAACCUCCAGGGCCCCGUUAUCAAGUGUGACCCCGCUACAGACCUUCGCUCCGCUAUCGACCGGGGCCCCGCUACCGUCUGUGACCCCGUUACCAUCAGAAACCGUGAUACGGUCUAUGACCCCGCUACAGGCUUUGGCCCCGCUCCUCGCCCCCGGUCAACCUUCCCCGGUCGUGGUGGUCAUCCAGAACACCAUAAACAACGUGUACGGAGCGACCCCGGCCCCCCCCGGGCCCCGCGCCCCCGGCAUGCUGCGACACGGAGACUACAUCGAGAUCUCAGACUCAGACUAG